GUAUUACAUUAACGUUAUAGUGACGUACAUAGUGGAUGGUAUAUUUGAAUAUAUAUUCUGCAUUUGAGGUUCAACUGGACGCAUUUAGAUGCACAUGUCAUGACAGUAUGACAUUCGAAAUAAUUCUGUUAGAUUAAACAUCGAGGAUUGUUCCAAUGUAUAAAUAAUUAACAAGUGUGCAGACAAGUUGUAAAACAAUUCCUUACUAGAUAAAACAUUAAUAUUAUUAACAAAGUUUGAUAGUGAUACAAAUAUAUAUUUUUAUGUGUUCAUCGAUAUCUAAUAGAGAAAUUGAAUUGACUAAUUUAAUCUUAUCAUACUGUAUUAAAAGUGUUUUGUGUAUGGACGUUUGACAUAACAAAGAAUGGAAAGGAUAACAGUAAAUCGGUUCUCCUUCCGACGAAAAGGUAGUCAUAAGAAAAAGGAUGAAGCCAAGGAAAACGCUUUUGAUUUCAGUAAGAUGACUCACUUGAGUCAAGAAGAAGCACAGCAAAUUGAUGAGGAAUUAUUUACAGAGUAUGCUUUUAGUGUGGAUCAGCUAAUGGAACUGGCUGGGUAUAGUUGUGCUGUGGCGAUAGCAAAGACUUUUGCCUUAGAAAAAAUGACGAGAGAUAGUGGUGCCAUACUUGUGUGUUGUGGACCCGGAAACAAUGGUGGUGACGGCUUGGUGGCAGCCCGACAUCUCAAGCUUUUUGGAUAUAAACCGUCGAUAUUUUACCCCAAACGUCCAAACAAACCUUUAUUCCAAAGCUUAGUUAAGCAGUGUGAGGGAAUGGAUAUGCCUUUCUUAUCAUUUCUGCCAUCCGAAGCUUCUCUGAUCAGUGAUUCAUACAACUUGGUAGUAGAUGCUCUGUUUGGCUUCAGCUUUAAAGGGCCACCUCGGUCAGACUUUGCCAGCGUACUAGAAACACUCAAGAACGUUGAAGUACCCAUAGCUAGUAUAGAUGUUCCAUCUGGUUGGGAUGUUGAGAAAGGGUGCGAAGAUGGAUUGAAACCAGAGUUAUUGAUAUCACUCACUGCACCAAAGCUGUGUGCUAAAAUGUUUAACGGAAAGACACAUUAUCUUGGUGGACGAUUUAUACCCAAAUCUCUUGCUCAGAAAUAUGAACUUAAUCUGCCACCUUACCCCGGUACAGAAUGUGUGGUGGAACUUAAAUCAAAUGCCGAAAUAAACGGGAGUGACUGAUAUUUAUUACUAUAAUUCGUAAAUACUAUGUGAAAUGAUACAUGUAUUUUGAUUUGAGAUAUGACAGUACAAUAACUCAGUGCUGGCAUUGCUUAAUCGGCAUCCCUUUGAAAUUUUUAUGCCUUUAUCAAAAUUUCGUAUUGUAAUUGUAAUAUUUGUACAAUAUACUCACCAUAUAUCUCAUCCAUCUUCUGUUUAUAAAUCAAAUGCAGAAAUAAGAUGGAGUCUGAUUUUUAAUUCUAUAAGUCAUAUAUUUUACUUUGUGAGAUAAGAAUUAAUGCGAAGUAUAUUUUGACAUGACUAAGCUGUUUGGUGUAUUACUGGCGUCAACGUGAUGAUCGUAACUGCAUUAUUUCAAGAAACAUCUUUAUAAGCUUUGAUGUAUAGCGGGUGUGGGAGUGCAUACCUGCCAACUGUCACUAUUAGCGGGAGAUUUCCCUCAUGGAGGUUCCCAAAUUGAAGUUUUGAAAGAGCAAUUUUGUCCACAAUUUAAACAAAACAAUUAAUUUUACAAUGAUUUUAGGCUUAUAAAGGUAUGAAGAAGCUAAAAAACAACAUUAAAAUGUAAUUGCAGGCCCCCUUGAAGUUAAAACUAAGUCAGCCAUCUUGCACGCAAAACCCCCAUGGGCAUUUCGAACAGUUGGCAGGUAUGGGAGUGGACUGAACAGUUUUCAUAAGUUUAUCUUCAAGCCGCAUCUCUACCAGUGCAAUAUGUUGAACAUUUCAACAUGUCACACCGUUAACACUGUUAACGAUGUAAACAUUAACCCCAAUAUUGAAAGUAGAAAAUCAAUGGGCAUGUGUAUAACCAUAUGUUUAAAGAAAGCAGUGUUAGUAAACAUUACAUUGGCUUUUGCAGUUAUGUUAUAAGAAAAAUUGUUGACACUUUUCAGUAAACAUUUGUGUUGAUUUUUGUUAUUCAUAAAUACAUGUUUCUCGUUGA